AUGUUUCCGCGACGCCGACCGGGAUCGCGGUCCUCUGCCUGUGAACUCGGGCCCAUCAGCCCUGGGCCAACGACCCUACAAACUGCCCCCGAAGCUCAUCAGAGUGAACAUGCCCUCGGCUUCACCGAUAUAUACGGGUCGUUGACACCUCGUCAAAUCAGCAUAAUCAGUCUGUACCAUCCACCUUGUACGGGGACCUACAUUCUAACACAGGUUGCAGCCAUUGGAUCGGCGAUUGGAACGGGCUUGAUGGUUGGUACCGGAAGAGCAUUGUCCAUGAGCGGCCCGGCAGCUAUAAUAAUCUCCUAUACCAUCGUCGGAUUCGCAGUUUACCUCGUCCUCUCUGCAUUGGGUGAGGUGGGUUCAUGGUUACCCAAACCGUAUACCGUUGCAGAUCAAGCCGUUCGAUUUUGUCAUCCUGCACUUGGAUUUAGCUUGGGGUGGAUAUUUUGGCUGAAAUAUGCUGUUGUCACACCGAACCAGCUCACAGCUGCAGCGCUGGUAGUCUCUUAUUGGGUGGAUGCUGAGCGAGUCAAUCCUGGUAUCUGGAUCACGGUUUUCCUUUCGGUCAUUGUGAUUCUCAACUUCAUCAAUCACCGCCUCCCGAGCAGAAUUGAGUUCUAUGUUUCUUCAUUCAAGCUUGUCGUCAUGCUUGGGCUCAUGAUACUUUCCACCGUCAUUGCUCUGGGAGGGGGGCCGGAUCAAGACCUAAAGGGGUUUCGAUAUUGGUCGUAUCCCGGUGCUUUCGGCGCUCACCCCCAUCGUGAUCACGGGUUGCUAGAAAAGUUCUACAUAACCUGCUCGACGAUGUCAUCUGCCACGUUUGCGUACAUCGGAAGCGAGCGAUCUGGUAUGGCUCACUUCCCGAAUGUUCGAAAGGCUACUUCGAGGGCUAUCCAGAAUACCUUUUAUCGGAUCAUGGUUUUCCAUCUUCUAGCAAUCACUCUUCUUGGGAUGAUUGUCCCCCAGGGGUCGGCGUCUGUGGCCUUUUCUAGCCCGUCCUCCCACGAGGCUGCCGCAUCGGCAUUUGUCGCAGCUCUGUAUUUGGCAGGCAUCGCGGUGCUACCGGACUUGUUGAAUGCAUGCAUACUGUUGUUCGUCCUGUCAAUAGCAAACUACGACCUUUAUCUGGCAACCAAGGCAAUGUGCGACCUCGCAGUGAAGCACCGUGCCCCUGCUUUCCUAUCACGCACUACCAGGAGAGGUGUCCCGAUCUAUGCUUUGGCUGUGUGCUCCUCAACUGCAACGUUGGCAUAUCUCAACGUCCACCAAGACUCAACUGUUGUCUUCGGAUACUUUGUGGACAUGGUCACAAUGCUCGGGCUGCUCACCUGGAUUUCCAUUCUCGUCACCCACAUGUCUUUUGUGCGAGCACGAAACGCUCAAGGCAUUCCCGACAAAGCUCUAGCUUUCAGAGCUCGUUUCGGUCUGGCUGGGACUUGUUUGGCUCUCGUUCUCUGUUUGUUCAUCUCUGUUGCCAUUGUCUUUGACUCCUUCGGCUUUGAUUCAGGAGUUCGGAAAUUUGACGUCAAAUCCUUCAUUGCCUCGUACAUCAGCAUUCCUCUCUACGUCGCCUUGAUGGUUGGCUAUAAGCUUGCCGUCCACAGUAAACGCGUUGAUCCCAAAGAGGCUGAUCUAUGGACAGAUAAGAUUGACCUGGGCAAUGAGAGGGGGCACUCAACUGAACGAACCCGAGUGUGA